AUGCGGACCGGACCUAAGGGCAAGCCGUUCCUCGAGUGGUGCGCGGAGAACGGGAAGCGCGGCGAGAGGCUCGCCAACGAGUUCCGCGAGGAGCUGCCGACGGAGCUGACGAAAGCGUCGAACUACAAGGCGAAGUGGAAGUGUUUGAAGUGCAAGCACGUGUGGCGGGCGGAGAUGAACAGCCGCACGAAGAGCGAAAGACCCAAAGGGUGUCCGAAGUGCGCGCAUAAUGCGCCGGCGAGCAAGACGAAGAACUUCCUCGCGUGGUGCGAGAAGAAAGGCGAGCUCGGCAAGAAACUGUCGCGCGAGUACGUCGAUAAGGACAAGCCGCCGACGGCGGUGACGUAUGCGUCGCACUACAGGGCGCUGUGGAAGUGCGGGAGGUGCUCGCACGAGUGGCGCACGAGGGUGGCCGACCGCACGAAGAGCGUCAGACCCACCGGGUGUCCGGAGUGCAACCCCCCAGGAACGAACCGAUACACGAAGAAGCGCGAGCGCGUCGACUGA